AUGCGGGUCCGAGACUUGGGGUUUGUAUAUGUUUGCAAUCUGAAGGAGGCCGUUACGGCGACUGCACUACUACCCCUGGCAGCAAGGGCGGAAGAGGUUUCCUCAUCGAAAACGGCGGUCGGUGGUGAGCGCAUCACGCUGAAAGGAGGACUGCAGUUUCCGAAGGCUUCCUUCGGCUUGCAGGUUUACGGCGACGACACAGCAGAGCGGCUGACACAAAUGGCUAUCGAAGUCGGCUAUCGAAACUUCUUUGCUUCCGUUCUCGCGGGUAACCAGAAAGGCUUUGCGCGUGGGGUGCAGAAGUCGGGCGUUCCACGGGAAGAGCUCUUCAUCUGUGGAUCGGUGGUGAGCAAUCUCGUGCAGGAUUUUGAAGAUGCGUAUCUGACCACGAAGAAAGGCUGCGCGAAGAACUUGGAAGCCUUUGCCGAAGGUGGCAUAACAGAGUUGGACAUGAUCAUGUUGGACUAUCCAGCCAAAGACUGUGAAACCAUCCGGGGGCAAUGGAAGGCUUUCGAGGAGAUGCUGGCAGCUGGCCAGACCAAGAGCCUGGCCGUCAGCAACUUCUCGCCGGAGCAGUUGGACUGCAUCUUCGCGGACCCCGAUGCAACUCCACCGGUUCUCAAUCAGCUCCCCUACUCGUUGAAGAGCUACGACGACAAAGCAGUGCGUGAGAACGGCAGACGCGGCAUCGUGGUCCAGGCCUGGGGUCCGCUGGGCUCCGGGAGCUUGGGCAUCGGUGCUUCGAAGUUGGCCGAGGAGAUCGGUCAGAAGUACGGCAAGUCCGCCGCGCAAGUAGCACUGCGGUGGAUCCUGCAAACGGGAGCCACCUUUACGACGCAGUCCAAGAACAAGGACCACUUGAAGGAAGACUUGCAGAUCUUCGAUUUCUCCUUGGCUGACGAGGAGGUUCUCCAGCUGAGUGAUAUGAGCACCAGCCUUGCAGGACGCCUCAGCGCUGUCGCAGAUGUGGCGGUGCCAGUCGGUGGUGCGGUGGGAGGAGCGCUGCUGAUCUCUGCCGUCCUGGACUCCUUGGAUGCAAAGAGCGAUGCCAAGCCAACGGGCUCUGCCGUCAAGAAAGCCACUCUUCCAGAGCCGGAAAAGCAGAAGAAGAAGAGCGAGGAUGAAGACGAGGAUGAGGAUGAUGGAGCGCUGUAG